AUGCCACAAAAAGAUGGGUUAUGCUUAAGAAAGAGACAAACGGUAAAAGUUGUUGAAAUAUCUUGCGUUUCUGAAAAAUUUCAGUUUAGAAAAACCUUUACCGGAAAGACUGUAUUCGGGGGGAACCAAACAUUGGAUACGAUUGCAACGACAUUAAGACAUAUCAAAGAAAUUGUAAGCCCAAGACCAAGCUAUCCUCUUGUGAUGUCAGUCAGUGGAAGUCCCACAUCAUCCCACAUCUUCGUCAUUGCUGCAUUACUACGUUUCAGUCUGCAUAAUUUAGAAUUACUGCAAAUAACGUCCCCGAGUCCAUGGCCACAUCAAUUUCCUCGUCCGGCUCCGUCCAGCACACUCCAAGAAGACCAAAAGUCUGUAGGGGUUGUUACAAAAAAUGCCGCUCUUUGGCAAGUAAAAUCAGAUACGUCGAUUAAUAAGGGCAAAUGGUUUUGGACAUGCCCCGUUAAAAAUUUUGAUUACCAGUGCCGCUUUUUUCACUGGGCAAGUGAUAGUGAAGUAGAUGAAUACUUUAGAUCCCAAGCCAUCGAAUAUGAAUCUGAGGAUGCUACACUUUCGCAACAAACAAUCAAUGGCUCAUUACCUACAAGAAUAACGAUUGAUAUUACUAACGAGGAUGAAACAAGUGAUGAUGAUGAUGACAUAGUUCAAAUUGUUACAAAUUCAACUAAUAAUUCAAGAAAGCACCUACGAGACAAUGACGAAAGUAGUGUUAAUAAUUAUUCUCGUGAUAUUACGCAAAAGAACUCUCGUUCUACCUCAUCAGUUACUGAACAUCCCCCCAAGAGAUUACGAACUGACAACGAUUUAAACGUCAAUGGUGAAUACAUCGAAUCAUCUUUGGUUUUAGUUCAAAAUGAUGAAAUUGUUCUAACCGAAAAUGACUUCGAUCCUACAUGGCUUGAAUCUGUAGCGGUAGAAUUGCGUGAAGAACGUGCUGCUAAACAAUCUUGUGUUUCGACUACAGUAAAUAACGAUGUUAAUAAUAACACUGCGGAAGACAAUAAUGAUAUUUCACAUGUAGAUACUCCAUUGACUAUAACCAACGAGGACGUAGAAGAAAAUGAUGCCACCGUGAACGAAAAUAUGUUACAGGACCAUGACUCUAAUAAUUCACAAUCUUCGUCAACUGCACAUUUAGGUUUGGAAAAUGCGCCUCAAUUUACUACUACACAACUUACAGACAUGCUUCAGAGCCACGUUUCGGCUCAAGGUCAACUUAUCUCUGAAUUGAGAAGUAGCGUGGAUUUUGUUACCAAACAGCGCGAUCAAGCGCUUAAAGAUUUGGAUGAGGCUCGAAAGCAAGUUUUGAUGGUACGGAAAGAGAUGAGGCGUAUGCGUCAUGAGAUCGAUGUAGCGCGAGCUGAAAGUAACCUUUUGCGCGCAGAAAAAAAAUUAUUGAACUACGAUAUUAGCGUGUUGAAACAAAAUAGGAGAGUUUGA